UGAAGCUGGAAGGACAUAACUGAUUCCAACGCAGUGCUAGUGUCAGGCAGACACACACACUCCGUUAUCUGUCAAAUUACCUCUAGGCCGGAGGAGCAUAGACGUCACCUUCCUUGCACUCCAGAGUCCGCGAGUACGCAAACCAAUUACCAGAACUGCUUCCGCCGUUGUGCAAUGGCUGCCUCGCUAGCGUCCCGCUCUGGUGCCGGUGCCGUCUACUCCACCGCCUUGACAGCAGCGGCCGUCGGUCAAGAACCGUCGGCCGUGUGCGCGCAGCCGUCAGUCCGAACGACCAACGGGUUUCCAUCGUUUCGUCAAAGCUCGAAAUUCGUGGAGAAGCGAGGUCGUGCGGAACGAGGAAACAACGCACAGAGACGAGUUGGACAGCAAGCGUCACUUCUUCUGGCUCAAACCGGCCGGUCGUUCGCAGCGCGCCAAGCCGCCUCGUUGACGUGCCACGCCAGCAGCGGUCUCGAGGCCGUCGCGGACCCAGUCUCAGAGCACGGGGAUGCGCAAGCUCCCCCCGCCGCCGCCUUCCACGCACUAAACGGCGCAGCUAACGGCGCAACUAACGGCGCGGCGUAUCUUAAUGGGUCGGCUGCUAACGGGUCCGCGAACGGCGCACUCGCAGCAGCAGCGUCCAUGACCAACGGAGCGGCCACGAACGGAGCCACUAAUGGCUCUGUGAACGGCUCGGCAAAUGGCUCGGCGAACGGCUCGGCGAACGGCUCGGCGAAUGGUUCGGCGAACGGAAACGAGUCGAAUGCGCUAACCGUGCAAGCGCUGGAAGCGGCGCUGGUUGACAUCGACGAGGAGGUCUCCGGCGCCGCCGACUCCGCUAGCCUCGCCGCCCUGGGCGAGAGCGCUGGGGGAGCGGCGGAGGAGGACGAUGCUAGCUACUACGAGCCCGCGUUCCAGCUGCUUGCGUCGUCCAAGAUGAUUCCCCACCCAGCCAAGGUGGACAAGGGCGGCGAGGACGCCGUGCUCGUCAGCGACGUGGGCGCGGGGGUGCUUGCCGUCACCGACGGCGUGGGCGGGUGGGCGGAGGACGGCGUGGAUCCGGCGCUGUACUCGAACGAGUUCGUGGGGCACCUGAACGAGAUCAUCGAGAAUGCGCAGGACCAGGCUGAUUUGGAGCCACGGGAGCUCUUGAGACGGGCGCACAGCAUGACAAAGGCUCCAGGCGCCGCCACAGCUGUGGUGGCGGUGUUUGACGGCGAGUACAGCGUGCUGAACGUGGCGUCGCUGGGUGAUGCGGGCGUGCGCGUGGUGCGGGGCAGCGAGGUGGUGUACAGGACCACACCGCACGAGCACUUCUUCGACUGCCCCUUCCAGUUCGGCUCUGAAAGCUCUGACUCCGCUGAUGAUGCUGAGGUGCUGAGCUUCAGCGUGCAGGAGGGCGACACGGUGGUGAUGGCCUCGGACGGGCUCUUUGACAACGUGUUUGACAAGGACAUCGCCUCCAUCGUCAAAGUCUUCUCUGGUCCCUCCCCCGCACACGUCUCCCGCACUGCGACCGCGCUAGCCUCACUGGCUGCGAAGCAUGCAGGUGACAAGGAGUACAUGGCUCCAUACACCAUCGAGGCGCUGGAACAUGGCCGGGAUCUACCCGUGUGGCAGAAGAUGAUGGGGAAGAAGCUGUCGGGCGGCAAGCAGGAUGACAUCAGCGUUGUGGUGGCUCAGGUGGUUUCAUCGGAGGUGUUGGCACAGGUCACCCUGGAGCAAGGCCAGGAGGGCGAGACAGAGUCAGAGACAGAGACAGAGGGAGAGGAGACAAUCACAGGGCAAGCGGGGGGGCAGACGGCUGCAGCGCAAGCUGAACCAGCGACUGCUUAGAGGGCACAUGAAGUAGGGAGAGCGCCGUAUUGGAUAGCCUUUUCUUCCCCCUGCCCUUAGUGUUAGUUCUACUGUACUCUGUCCUUUCUCAUUCCCACAUUCCCACUGUCAGUCUUCUACUCUUUCGUUUACCUUCUGGCCACCCUUUUUUCUGUACAGACCAGAAGGAAAUGUGUUACAGACCGCUUGCCUUGCCUGUCCCUCUUCCUGUGGCUGGGUGUGCUACUACCCUUGGCAUAUGGUGGUAUGUCAUGCUCAUCUUUUUCACUUGCCAAUUGCAUGUUUCCUUACAAGCUUGAACACUCUGU